AUAUGUCAAAUAUAUCAACCGGAACUUUCGUAUACGAUUCCACUGCCUAUUUGGCGCCUUUCUUGUAUAUGCUUAGAAACCUCACGAAAAUGUUCGUUAUAGGUGUGUGUAUGAAAUUGUUAAUUUCGUGUGCAGACAUGGAUGAGCUAUCGAUCAUUAAGGCGUACUGCAUUAAUGCCGGUUAAUGGUCGAUCAAGCAUUCAUCAUGUUACUACUGUUUCAAGUACAACUAUGGCGCGGUAUAUUAAAUCAUGCUCAAAAAUGACGCUCGUGUUUCCAUUGACAUCGCGCGAUUUUCGAAAUUAAAAGAAUCGUAUUAGCUGGGCUAUUUCGUUACGAGUUAUACUCGGAAGUUUAAAUAUGGCGGAUAGCGGCUGAAUUGUUUGCAGUGUGCAAAUUACAAUUUCGGCAAAAUUGGUUGUGUUACUAUCAUGUACGAAUAUCCGACAGACAGUACAAUUACGAGUUCAUCGCAGGUGUUCAGUCAAGCAAAUGGAUCUCAUUGCCAAAUACCAAGUGACAUCUUCAUUAAGCAGGAGUAUAUUGACUAUUCGUUCUGCGAUGAAUUCCUGCCGUAUUGUGAGCCAUCCAGUUUUGGAGAACGGCUGAGUUCCGUAAAUUCUAAGAUGGGGUCCAAUUUUAAACUGGAGAAUGGAGACAUAACGACCAUCACAAUACCAGAAGAUGAACUUAAUUCCGUGAACGCACAGCUAGAUGCCAUACUGGAAGCGGAGAGAGUGUGCUGUCCAGCACCCCUGCUGGUGCCUAAGAAGGAGCUGGUGUCUGUAGAGUGUGGAGUGCCAAACGACACGAAGCCGGAGACUGCAGGAUUGGUUCCACUUAUACCAAAGGAAGAACCACAAGAAGAUUCUGUCGGGGCAGCGUCAGACGGUUCGUGGUUUGUUCAGGACAUCAGUGAAAACCGAAGUGGAAUCCAGAACAGAGCCUCGAGUGGCAACCUAGCUGCUGGGCUGUUUCCUACCUCACUGCACCUCCCGGGACCGCAGGCCGACGGCCGACACCGCUGCGUCAGCUGCGAGGCGUCAUUCGAGACGGCGGCGGCGCUCGAGGUGCACGCAAAGUCGCACGCGGGUGACCUGCGCUGUGGAGUGUGCGCGCGGCCCUUCCUCCGCGCAGACAAGUUGCGGGCGCACGCGCGUGUGCACACCGGUGAGCGGCCGUACCGCUGCGGUGUCUGCGGCAAGUGCUACAAGCAGUUCGACUACCUCAAGAUCCACGCACGCGUGCACACGGGCGAGCGACCGUACGCGUGCGACUCCUGUCCCAAGACGUUCGCGCGUGCCGACAAGCUCAAAGUGCACCGCCGCGUGCACACGGGUGAGUGCCCGUACCGCUGCCAGGCGUGCGGGCGCGCCUUCAAGCGGCUCGACAACCUCAAGUCGCACUCUCGCGUACACACGGGCGAGCGGCCCUUCGGCUGCCGCACCUGCGGUAAGGCCUUCGCGUCCUACGAGAAGCUCAAAGUCCACUCUCGCACGCAUACGGGCGAGCGACCGUACGCCUGCGAGGUAUGCCAGAAGACGUUUGUCAGCUCGGGUAACCUGCACGAACACCGGCGGGUGCACACGGGUCGGAAGCGCUACUCGUGCGGUGUCUGCGGUGACUCGUUCGGCACGGCCGGCCGGUUGAGGGUGCAUUCGCGCUCCCACGUCUACCUGGCCACAGCCGUAGUUGAAGCCGUGCAGGCCCUGGUGUGAGGGACACGGGUUCUUGACGAUGACAGUGUGUUCUGUGCACCUCACAGUCCUACCGGUGCAGCUCGCCGAGUACGAAACCUCGUCGAACACCACACCACUUACUACGGUUAGUGACUCUGAGUCAAUUCGCACAUCGCUGAGCUCGUCGGAGUGCACGUAAAAUAACUUGGUCCGUACCUGCAUGAAUGGCACUGAGAGAUUUGAUUAGGGCAAACAACCCUUGCACUUUGGGGAUUUGCAGUUUGACCUACAAAUGCGCACGUCACAUAAUCUGUAAGAUACUGUCAGUGAACAAUGGUAUUAACAGGUUGUGUUGGUGUCGUUGUGGUCUUCAGUUGGAAACUGGUUUAGUGCAGCUCUCCACAUCUAUCCUGUGUAAACCUCAUCUCCGCAUAUCUACUGCACCCUAAAUCUAGUUGAACAUGCCGACUGUAGUCCAGCAGUCACAUUUCCUUCCAUUACCAAAUUGACAAUUCCUUGAUGCCUCAUGAUGAGCCUUUGUAACUGAUUCCUUGUUUUAGCCAAAUAGUGAGACAAAUGUUAUUCUCUGAUAUGAUUCAGUGCCUCCUCAUUAGUUAUUUGAUAUAUCCACAUAAUCAUCAACAUUGUUCUGUAGCUACUGUUCACAUCUUGUGUGAACUGCUUAUCGUCCAUGUUUCACUUUCAUCCAAGGCCACAAUGCAGACAAAUAGCUUCAGAAAAGACUUCCUAGUACACAAAUUUAUUUUCAACGUUAAUAGUACGUCUCUUUCACAGAUACCAGUCAUCUCUACUUCCGCCAUCACCAGUUAUUAUACUUCCCAAAUAGCAAAACCCAUCUACUACUUUAGUGCAUGAUCUUUAGACCAAUAUUAUCAGUAUCGCCUAUAUUCGAUUAACCUUGUUUCACUUUUGUUGAUGUUUAUUUUAUAACCUAUUUUCAAGACAUUGGCCAUUCUGUUUAACUCUUCUUCCAAGUCCUUUGCUGUCACUGACAGAAUUACACCAACUUUACCACUUGCUCAAUAUGCAGAUUGAAUAAAUUUGGGGACGGGCUACAACCCUAUCCUACUCCCGUCUAUACCACUACUUCUCAUUCAUUUCCUUUGGCUCUUAUAACAGCAGUCUGGUGAGACAAACAAUUUGAUAAAUGUACACAUUUAGAGUUAGUAGUUUCUCACUAGAUCACCAGAAAAGAAAUAGUUGUGUAAACAGAGGGUUGACCAAAGCGGCACAAGUGCACUGCCAGAAGAAAAUAUCAUACAACAAAAAGUGUUUUAAAAGUUACUGUAUUAUAUCAUAUCCCUUAUUAUGAUACAGAUAUAAAAUGAAGGACAUGUUUCACAUGGAAAUUGUGUGAGUCUCCUGACAAUCUGGUCAACACUAUUAAGUAAAUAUAAAAACUUUCCUCUCAUUGUUUGCAGUUUUUCCUGCAGAAGUGUAGCCUUGGAAAGCUUUCUCUCCCUCCCCCGUUUCCUUUACUUUUUUAUCAUGCAGUUGGAAUACCUAGCAGUUCCAGCAACCCUCUCAAACUCAUUUUUUAACCCUUAGAGUCCUAAAAAUAUGAAAAAAGUGUAAAAUUUUAAAAUUUUUCACAUAAUAAAUCUUUGUUAUCAUAAUAAGCAACGAAUACCAGAAAAAGUUGGUAAAAAGUGAACAAUAAAUUAUUUUAAAGAGGUGAUUUAGACAGAGUCCCACAACUCAAACCUUCCAUGAACUCAUAAUGCCUAAAACAAGUUGUAGUCCUAGAUAACAAGCAAAAAUGGACCUAAAAUUUGACAAAUUUUAAGCUACUUGUUAACUGUUGCUCUAAAUACUAUUAGUGAAUGCUGCAGUGCACUGCACUCCUAAAGUACCUCAGUGUAGCAUUACAUUGUGUCUUGUCUUGCAACAGCAUUGGUGGUUUCAUGCUAAAAGUAAACAAUUUUUUUUAAAAAAUGGUGGUUUCAGUCAAAAACCACUGGUACUUAAAGGGUUAACGAGGUGUUUGCUUGCUUUCUUUCUUUCCUUUUGUGACAAAAAUUUAUUAACAUUGCAUAAAAUCACAUGUGGUCAAUUACAAAGAAGUUUUCACACAGCUGUGGAGCACGAAUACUGUGGUGCAAUGCUGCAUAAUAAAUAGAUAGCAAAGAGAACGCUCAGAGUGUGCAGUCUGGCAGGUGACAGACUUUUGAGGUGGCUGCCCAUUUGUUACAGAGCGUGGAAUCGUCCAGCGCUCAGGACGAGAAUGUGUUUCUGUGGCAGGGCCAAGUUAUUCUGUGUGGACUCUACAGGACGUGUCAAGGUACUAGUAGUGUAAAGCUCAGUGAAAAGCUGGAAUUAUCAUUGCCAGUAGUUCUCCAGGAUAGUUAAAUGACAGGUAGUUAAGAGAAGUCGGAAUUGUCAGUUGUGUAUCAAAGUAGACAGUUCUGAAGAAUGAGGGGAGUUCAUCGAGUACCCAGGUUACAAAGGAAGGUGACUUUUCUUUUUCUGAAAAAGUUAGUGCCACAGUCAAAUGGUAAAGCACAUACCUCAAAACUGAAAGUUCUCGGGAAUCGAAUUCCAGUCAGACCGUGGGAUAAUUUGGUGUGCCCUUAAUCAAAUUAGUAUUAUUAUUGCGAAAACUAAUUACUUAUUGGUUGCUGCUGGGCAAAGUUUAUUAAAUAAAAAAAAAUUUAAGUGAAAAGAUUUUUAUGCUUGAACCACAAUUUUCCUGCCACGGUUGGAGUAUGAUAGCUAGUUUCGGUUGCUGUCUGCAACCAUCUUUAGAUCUGUAACAUGUGGAGGAGACAUAGCCUAAGAAAAUUAUGUAUGAUUGAGUAGAAUAUAUGAGCAAAAGCUUAUGACUUGCAAUAAGAAUUAUUGUGAGAACAAUAUAUGCAACAGUUACAAAGAUUGUCAGCUGUUCUGUAGCCUGGCUUACACAAGAAUGAUGCUGCAUGGUAUAUGAAGUAGUCUACUUAAUGUGUACACGUUAAAGGAUAGUAGGAAAAUGCGCAGGCCCACCAUCCUGGUGAGACAAGCCUAAACAAACAUUUUCUCUUAUUACCGUCAUCCUGCGAGAUGACCUGACAAUCACAGUGAUGUUUUUAAACUACAAACUGUUAUUGUAAUGGUCUUUACUAAUGCAUGUUAUUGCAUUACUACCACUAAUGAUAGUUUUGAGUGCUCAUUCACCACCUUUACAUAGUCUGAACGGUAUGUUAUCUUCUAAGCAUUAAAAUAUCUUGUCAGCGGCCGCUGAUACUCAUAUCCAAGUUUUCAUUUUCCUCCUGCAUUUUCAUUGUUGCAUGGCAGUUCAAGUGUGGAGAUGUGUAUGAUGGCUUAAGAGACAAAUCCUGGCGUGAAACAUGCUACCACAUACAUUACACGUAAUAGAGUGUAGAGGGUAUGGUGAAUUUUGCAUCUCUGAUGUUUUUCAUUUUCCUGCCUCCAACAUCCCUCCUCAGAAUGUAACACAGUAGCUGAACUUCUGCUGCAGCACACCAAUUACUUUGGUUAGUGUUUAGACUUUUUGGGUUCGUCUCGAAUUGGUCCUUAUAGCACUUCAGAGGAGCACCACAGGGCCUUCUACCUGUGCUAAAUUCACUACCAAAAGUUUGUCGAGGAAGUUUAUUGUUCUCAUCUGCUGGAUAUGCCCAAUCCAUCUGAGUUGGUGACCAAUAAUGGUGGCUUAUAUACUAUACAUCUUUGCCUUCUCGAGGAAUGUAGUGUUUGAUACGAAGGCAUCCCAUUUGAUGUUCAUAGUGUAUCUAAGCUUGUGUUAGCUGAAGCGUUCUAGCUUCUUAAGAUCACAGUGAUACAGUGUCCAAGUUUAGAAACCAUAGAACAGGCUAAAAACUACAACUGCUCAAUAAACUAUCUGUCUGAUGCAUAGUAUCAGAUCUUUAUUCAGAAAGACUCGAUGUAGGAGACGUCUAAAAGAAACGUGUGGCAUGCAUCCUGUUCUUCGCAUCCUUUUCUGACAAGCAAUUAGUUCAUAAUAUACCUCCUAGAUAGAGGAAGUGAUCUACGUACUCCAAAGGUCUUCUGUAAAUAGAGAUAUUGAGAUCGGGAAUUGCAGUUCCAGGAGAUAGUUGUGCUAGUACUUUUGUUCUUUGGAUGUUGAUGGUCAGGCCAAAUGGGUUAUAUGCAUUACGGGAACAGUUGACACAAAGUUGUAGCUAUGCGUGUGGUGAGCUGGUGAAGCAUUGUUGCCAGCGUACUGUGGUUCAUUUACCCGAGUGAGACUCAUGAAUCUUUUAGAGUGCAGUGUGGACUGGAUUAAAAAGCCCUCCAUCGAAUCUGUAUUCGAGUUCUACUCCUUCAUUGUUUACAGACGAUGUCUUAUAAAGCAUGGCUGCUAGGUACAGAGCAAUCAAGGUUGGCGCUAUAACACAUCCCGUGUUUGAGCCUUUUAGCAGUAUGGAAUUUGUCAGAUGUUUUACUCUGGUGUGGUAACACUUGCCCAGAUGUGUUAUCAUGGAAAGCUUGGAUCAGUCUUAACAAAGUGUUCAGGGCAGCCAAAACGUUUUAAGACCUUCCACGUAACUUCUCUGGGCACUGUCUUAAAGGCGUUUUUUAGGUCAUAGAACAAAAAUAGUAAAGGUUUAUGUUGUUCUCAGCACUUCUCUUGCCAUUGUGCAUAGAAGAUCAUACCAAUAGUUCCUCUGGAGGUGGCUAAAAUGUACUCUGAGAUUCAGGAAGUACAGUCGCAGAAAGAGUCUGGAGGCAAUUCAACAGUGUCCUAGCAAAAAUUUUACAAGCCACAGAGAGCAACAAUAUGCCAUGGUAGUUACCACGUAUGUUUUUGUCCACCUUUUUUAAAGAUGGUGACAAUUGUGUUCUUAAUGUCAGCUGAUACCUUACAGGUUUCCCACGUUAGAAGAAACAGGGAGAAGAGUCUGGUUUUUAGAGGAAAGCCACCACUAUGAAUGAUCUCGAGAGGGAUGCUGUCAGUUUGGAUGCCUUUCUUGGUUUGAUCCUAUGUAGAGCUUAGCUGAAUUCGUGAAAUGUCGGUGGGACUGCCAUACUAGGUUGUGUGGGAUGUUGUGGGACAUGUUCAAGAAACUUUUCUGCAGCAGUAGAACUACAUUUUAAGAGUGAGCUGAAAUGGUAUUUCCAAUUAUUCAAGAUGUCCUGACUGUCAGAAUGGUCGUGCUGGUGGCUUUCAGGGUUCCUGAUGGGGAAUGAACAGGCCCAUGUAUUCCUUUUAUUCCAGCAUAAAAACUCCACACGUCCCAGGCAUCUGAUAGAUUUUGGAGUUACUUGGAUUUUUAUUGAGAUUUUUGCUUGAGCUCUUGAAAGUGUGAUUUCUUUUCCACAAAGGAUGGAUCUUGAGCAAGAGAAAGGUAAGCAUCCCACUUGACACUCUUAUGAUCUUAAUCACUUCAUUGUUGUCAUCAAACCAUUCAUUUUUCUUCUUUGCAUCAAAAACAUUUACCUCCUCUGCAGUCUUCUUGAUUGUGUUUCUUAAACUGGACCAUUCCUGUUCAACAUCUGUUGUGUUAGCUGAGGCACUGUGAAGUCGAUCCAAAAGUGUAUCUUGCACCAGAUCGUGAAUAGUUUCGUUCUGCAGGCCAUUGAUGUUGAAUUAUCUCCUGAAAUGGUUUGAGAAGCAGGAUCAUGGUUUACAAUGGACAAGGAUCCUCGGAUGGCUGGUUACCAGUUUACGAUGAGUCCACGAAUCACGACGUUUUGAGCUGAGCGACCGAAACUAGUUAUCAUACUUUAUAGUGAUAGGAAAAUUGUGGUCCAGGCAAUAAAAAAUUUUUAAUUAAAAAAAUUAAUAAACCAAAUUAAGACUACCAUCUUCUCCCUGCUAAUGUCAGGAUUCAUGAGGUGGUAAAGUGUCCAACUAUUGAUGCGAACAUCUCACAGUCGACUCACUGUCAGUCAUAGGAUUUUAAUCACUCGGUGAUCAUUUGUUUGAGCUUUAGUAAUGUUUGUUAAUGUGCAAAAUGUCAGGUUGUACCAUUGUUCAGAGACCACAUUAAACUGUAGGUUCCAAUAUUAUAAUAGGCUGGGUAAGUUCAGCCAUUUCAGGCGUGGGAGCAAAGCAAAGCAAGUGCAUACAACUGCCAUUUGGACCGUGCCUCCUAGAUAAAGCACUGCAGUGUUCAAAACAACCUUCCUGUUGAAGACAAAAAAUGGUUCAAAUGGCUCUGAGCACUAUGGGACUUAACAUCUCAGGUCAUCAGUCCACUAGAACUUAGAACUACUUAAACCUAACUAACCUAAGGACACCACACACAUCCAUGCCCGAGGCAAGAUUCGAACCUGCAACCGUAGUGGUCGCACAGUUCCAGACUGAAGCACCUAGAACCACUCGGCCACAGCGGCUGGCUGUUUGGUGACAACUUUACCCUUUGUAGUCCCUUUUACAAGGAUAUACACUUUCCCCAACAUUUCAGUCAACUUUUAACCCCC